GGAGAGAGACCCCUCCUCUGUUGCUCUCCCUGAGGUUUCUUCCUCUUUUUCCCUCCCUGUUCUUCUUCUUCUUCCGGCUUGUUCGCUGUUCCCCAGGGGUCGCCACGAAGGAUUUGAUCGUUGCCAUCGGCGGCUACCCUGCGAGGGCAAGUAAAUAGUAAUGUCGUGUUAAGGCGGAUCUCUUCCCCUGUUUUGGCCCGAUAAAGUUCCAUCGGGCUCCAUUGGCAGAUAUGGUGAGACAUAGCACUAUGGCAGAGCUGCAAGUCUUCCAGCACUCUCUCCAGGGGAGCUCCCUGGCCAUGGGCCAAGUAGGGCAGAGCUAUGGGAUAAUGCAGGAAAACCGAAUAACUGCUGAAGAGAGGCAGCGCAUCACCCAAAGCCCAGCAGAGAUUGAGAAAAGCCAGCCUGUGUGCAUCCCAGAUGCAGCUAAAAGAAAGAAGAAGAAGAGGACCCGAGCAACAGACAGCUUUACUGGCACUUUUGAUGAGCUGUACAAGCUGACAGAUGAGAUGCUGGGUCAGGGUGCAUAUGCAAAAGUCCAAGGAUGCAUAAGCCUUCAGAAUGGAAAGGAGUUUGCUGUGAAGAUCAUAGAGAAGAGUGCAGGGCACAGUCGCAGCAGGGUAUUUCGGGAAGUUGAGACACUGUAUCAGUGUCAAGGAAACGGGAACAUUUUGGAACUGAUCCAGUUCUUUGAAGAUAACCACUGCUUUUACUUGGUGUUCGAGAAGUUGCGUGGAGGCUCAAUUCUAACGCACAUCCAGAACCGUAAACACUUUGAUGAGCUGGAGGCCAGCAAGGUGGUUCGGGACAUUGCCCAGGCUCUGGACUUCCUCCAUACAAAAGGUAUCGCCCACAGAGAUCUCAAGCUCGAGAACAUCCUUUGUGAAUACACUGAUCGGGUGUCCCCAGUGAAAAUCUGUGAUUUUGACCUAGGAAGUGGAGUGAAGCUCAGCAGUGCCUGUACGCCCAUAACCACGCCAGAGCUCACCACACCGUGUGGCUCAGCAGAAUACAUGGCUCCCGAGGUGGUGGAAGUCUUUACUGAUGAGGCCUCCUUCUACGAUAAGCGCUGCGACCUUUGGAGCCUGGGGGUCAUCCUUUACAUCCUGCUGAGUGGCAGCCCCCCUUUCACAGGCCACUGCGGCGGCGACUGUGGCUGGGACCGGGGGGAAACCUGCAGAACCUGUCAGAGUCACCUGUUUGAGAGUAUCCAGGAGGGCAAGUAUGAGUUUCAAGACAAGGACUGGUCUCACAUCUCUGAUCAGGCCAAGGACCUAAUAUCCAAGCUGCUGGUUCGGGAUGCCACUCUGCGCCUCAGUGCUGCUCAGGUCCUCAAGCACCCAUGGGUGCAGGGGAAUGCUCCAGAGAGAGGUCUUCCAACGCCUCAUGUUCUACAAAGGAACAGCAGUGCCAAAGACCUGACCCAGUUUGCGGCAGACGCCAUCGCCUUCAACCGCCAGCUGUCCCAGCACGAUGAGGAGCAGGAGGACUUGGGUCGAGUGGUAUGCUGCAUGCGGCUGUCUCCUCCCUCCAACUCCAGGCUGGCUCGCAGGCGGGCGCAGUCCAAUGCCCUGCGCACCAUGGACUUCAUGCCCGCUCCAGAGGACAACACAAUCUGACCAUCUGCCGUCUGGGGUGGAACCCCAAAAACACCCCCAGUACUGCUGCGGCUGAAAGGCUUCCUGUGACCAUCUUCCUCCAGUUUUGUCCCACAGGUUGUUGUCCCACCUUCAUUUCAGAUUCCAGUGAAACGUCCUCCACAGAGAGAUGCCCGUUUUCUCGAAGUUACUGAAGUGAACACAAACACACACAUUUCUCCAUGACCUCCUGAUUGUCAUCAUUCAUUUCCCUCCCUGUGUGUGUCUGUUAGUGUUUGUUUUCUUGGGACCCUUAAAAUAUUGGCCAGCACACCAAGAAUUGAACUGCUGCUGCCGUUGGCAAGCUGCCGUGUAGCGCCCCCUGUGCUGUUACUAGUUACUAGUGUUUUUCCUGGUGCCCUUGUCACCUAGAAGCCAAGAGUGGUAAGAUGUAGGUCCCAUUUUUACCCCUGGCUACCAUACGCUGAAUACAAGCUUGCCCCCCAGUCUUGUGAAAUGUAACCGCCCGGGGACAGUUUGAGUUGUAGUUUCUUCGGCGUAACCCACCCACCAAGUGUCGGGUAACGAAACCCAACACGCAGACAGGUAGUUUGGAGAUAGGUUUUGGAUGAGUCAUGGAGAAUUAUACAGGUAGACUGCAGAUACAUCACCCCCUACCCCACAUGCACAUGAUUAUAAACACCGGGCCUUCCAAGGCUUGUAACGUAGCUGCUGUUUCCUCAUGGGAAGGUUAUUUUAUAUUGACUUGUGUAUUUGUUUUAACUGUGAAAUGGUUUCUGCAUUUAAACAAUAUUUAAUUCAGUUGCUGAGCUCUGAAAAAGCCUCGCUCGUCACACACGCGGUGAGCUAACGGGCGGUCUUAUAUUUUUAUUUAAUUUAUGAAUUUAGGUUUUUGUUAGGCUUUCUGAGCAGUGUGUGUGAUUUGCAUGGGUGCUUGUAGGCUGUAAGGUGGAUCUGCUGUAAAACUCAAGGGAUUUGUUGGUCACUUUUUGUUUGGAUGUGGAUUUUUCCCUCAGCUAGCUCGAUUAGUCGAUUUUUAAUUUUUUACAUUUUUUAAGCUUCUCUUGUCUGAACUACAACCGUUUGUUUUCCUUUUUAAGUGUAUUUUGAGUUGCUGGAGUGUGGAAAGUGAAUAUGUGGAAAUUAAAUUUGAUAGGUUUGGGUUUUUUACCUUACAUUUACUAUGUCGGUGCGAGCUUCUUGUGGCAUCAGUAUUAAGAGACCAAGUCUUGACUUUACCCAAAAGGUUCACGACAUUACUGAAGAGCUGCCAGUUUGACGUUACAUCACGUGUUCUCCUCAUGUGCUGCCAGCAUUACCUCACCAUUUUCAGCCGUGCCUUGAUUUUGCACAUUUUAUUAGAAUUCAAGGCCGUCCACAUCAGACCCGCUUGCUUUCUGGAUACCUGUUCUGUUUGAGCUUGUGUGGUUUUGAAAUGUGGGAAUUCUGCUUGUUUUCAGGUUGGUAUGUUGUCAUGUGACUUAGCAGGAGUCCAGGGAACUGUUUUAGUAAUACCCGUGUUUCUUAUGGAUGGAUUUUAUUUUUAAUUUAUUUUUUAAUUUUUUUAAGCACGUGUGUUUUGUGAAUGGUUUUGUGUGUUUGAAUGAAAUGAAUGGUGAGAUGAGACGAGUAAAGAUGUGUUCCAUCAAUAAUGUGAAGUCCAAGUGAAGUUCUUUCAUCCAUCCAUCAUCCAAACCGCUUACCCUGCUGUCAGGGUGGCGGGGAUGCCGGAGCCUU